CUCCUAAUUCCUCUCCAUGGUAGAAUAACAGAUCUGCCAGACAUGACGACAGUGCUAACUGUUUGCUUCUUCUUUCUGUGUUUCUGUGCCAUUUCAACAGCCUUAACUCGCGAGUAUUACUUUGGGAUUCGGGAAAUCGAAUGGAAUUAUGCUCCAAGCGGCAAAAACAUCAUUGCUGGCACAAAGAUUGACAAGGAUGAGCAUGCGUCUGUGUUCCUGAAACGUGGCUCGACCAGGAUCGGAAGCGUAUACAAGAAAGCUGUGUACCUAGAGUAUACCGACAGCAAUUACACCAGCGAGGUUAAGAAGCCUGAAUGGCUGGGAUUUCUGGGACCAAUUAUAAAGGCAGAGCAAGGUGACACCAUCAUCAUUCACCUGAAGAAUUUUGCUCUCCAACCUUAUUCGAUUCAUCCUCAUGGUCUCACCUACACAAAAGGCAAUGAAGGCGCGUUUUACCCUGACAACUCCACAAAUUUGGAGAAACGGGAUGAUAUUGUAAAUCCAGGAAGUAAUUAUUCCUACCACUGGGACUUAACGGAAGAUCAAAGCCCAGCAGAAGACGACAAUGAUUGUUUAUCAAGGAUCUAUCACUCACAUAUCGAUGCUCCCAGGGAUAUUUCAAGUGGACUUAUUGGCCCAUUGAUCAUUUGUAAAAAAGGUGUUUUAACUGGAAAGAAGAAAAAGGCUAAUGAAGAGUUUGCCUUACUGUUCUCAGUAGUGGAUGAAAACUACAGCUGGUAUCUGGAUGAAAAUAUCAAGAAGUAUUGCACCACCCCAAACAAAGUGGAUAAAGAUAAUGAAGAUUUUAUUGAAAGUAACAAAAUGCACUCCAUUAAUGGAUAUGUCUACGGGAACCUCCCUCACCUAUCCAUGUUCACCGGGGACAAAGUGGUCUGGUAUCUUUUCGGGAUGGGGAACGAGGUGGAUAUACACUCAGCUUAUUUUCAUGGGCAGAUGCUGAUUAAUGCUAAUCACCACACUGACACCGUCAGUCUAUUCCCUGCCACAUUCAUUACUGCUGUAAUGGUGCCCAAUAACCCAGGAAAAUGGCUUCUCAGCUGUCAAGUCAAUGACCACAUAGAAGCUGGAAUGCAGGCCUUGUUUGAAGUCGUAGACUAUGAGAAGAAAGCCAAAAAGACCACAAGUAAAGGAAGGGAAAGAAAAUAUUACAUUGCUGCAGAAGAAAUAAUAUGGGACUAUGGACCAUCAGGCGUGGACCAAUUCACAGCGAAGCCUCUGGGCAAUCCACAUGGAGAUGCUGUGGUAUUCUUUGAAAGAGGUGAAAAAAGAAUUGGAGGAAAAUACAUUAAGGCUGUUUACAGAGAAUACACAGACGACACUUUUAAAAAGCUCAAGCCCAGAACACCAGAUGAACAACAUCUUGGAAUACUUGGACCUGUCAUUAAGGCAGAGGUUGGAGAUAGCAUCAAGGUGACCUUUUGGAAUAAUGCUAGCCAAACUUACAGCAUACAACCUCACGGAGUAUUAUACGAGAAAGAUGUUGAGGGAGCCAAUUAUCAAACCAACACAACAGAAUUUGUGGGACAACCUGCUCGAUCCCCCCAUGUUUUGCCUGGUCAGACAUUCAUUUAUCAGUGGAAGGUCCCCAGCGAUUUUGGACCUGGCACGGAUGACGCUGACUGCCAGACAAGGCUCUAUUACUCGGCAGUGAACCCCAUCAAGGACAGCAGCUCAGGGCUGGUCGGACCCCUCAUUGUGUGCAAAAAGAACAUGCUCGACUCACAGGGCAAACAGAAAAAUGUGGACAAGGAAUUCUACCUGAUGGCGACAGUAUUUGACGAGAAUCUAAGCUGGUAUUUAGAGAAUAAUAUCAAUAGAUUUACAACUAAGCCUAAAGCUGUUGAUAAAGAGGAUGAAGACUUUCAAGAAUCAAACAAAAUGCAUUCAAUCAACGGAUACAUGUACGGCAAUCAACCAGGCCUGGUGAUGUGCAAGUCGAAUAGAGUAUCCUGGCAUUUGAUUGGCCUGGGGUCAGAAGUUGAUAUCCAUGGGAUUUACUUCCAGGGCAACACCUUCACCAGCCAGGGAAUGCGUAGAGACACAAUGAAUCUGUUCCCACACAUUUCAACCACGGUCAUCAUGCAGCCAGAUAGCCCAGGCACGUUUGAAAUUUCCUGCAAGACCACAGACCAUUAUGCUGGAGGAAUGAAACAGUUUUACACGGUGAAUAAAUGUUCUUUGUUCAGCUUUCCUGAAAUCUAUUCCCAUGAAAGGAAGUACUACAUUGCAGCGGUUGAGAUUGAAUGGGAUUAUUCACCUUCAAGGAAGUGGGAACUGGAGAGACACAUGCUUCAUAAUGAAAGUCCUGGUGAGCCUUAUGUAGUUCGAGGAAACGUGACCAUCGGUUCUAAGUAUAAAAAAGUAGUUUAUCGGGAAUAUACUGAUAAGACAUUUACUAAACAAAAGGAGAGAACUGCAGAGGAGGCACACCUGGGAAUUCAAGGCCCACUUCUUCAUGGAAGAGUCAAUGAUAAGAUCAAAAUUGUAUUCAAGAACCUCGCUUCAAGGCCCUACUCUAUUCAUUCACAGGGAGUGAAGACAGAAGGCCCUGUGGUUAAAUAUACUCUUCCAGGUGAGACAGAAACGUAUACUUGGAAGAUUCCUGAUCGAUCUGGUCCAGAGGAAAAGGAAUCUCGGUGUAUUACAUGGGCAUAUUACUCAACCGUAGAUCCAAUUAAGGAUCUGUACAGCGGCCUGAUCGGGACUCUGGUGACCUGUCGCAAGAGCUUCUUUGAAACGAUUGGUUUGAAGAAAGCAGAGUUCAGGGAAUUUGCUCUUCUCUUCUUAGUUUUUGAUGAGAAUGAGUCAUGGUAUUUGGAUGAAAAUAUUAAAAAUUAUUGCUCCACACCGAAACAAGUUGACAAAGCAAAUGAGGAUUUUAUCGAGAGCAACAAAAAACAUGCUAUUAACGGGAGGCUCUUUGGAAACUUGAAUGGACUGGAUAUGUAUGUGGGUGAAAGGGUGUUUUGGUAUCUCACUGGGAUGGGCAAUGAAGUGGACAUGCAUACAGCUCAUUUCCAUGGCCACAGCUUUGAGUACAAGGUGAAUGGAGUCCACCACGGAGAUGUUUAUGAUCUCUUCCCAGGAACUUUCCAAACUGUGGAAAUGUUUCCGCAACAUCCUGGUACUUGGCUUCUUCACUGUCACGUAACAGAUCACAUCCAUGGUGGUAUGGAAAUGACAUAUACAGUCCACAAUAAACCAGAAAAAGAGAGCACCUUUUCAAAGUUCAAGAAGUUUUUUGGUGGAGGUUCUGCCUAAUUGUGACCAGCUGAAAAUUGCACAGAUAUCUUUCACAACUAAUUCCUGCCUGUGACACCUUCAACUGCAGCAGAACCUCAUGUGAAGGUUUGUUUAAUUGGAAAUGCUAUGGAGAUCAUCAUGUGGACUGACGUGACCCUUUUGCCACCAAGUGCCUAAUAAAAUGUUAAGCCCA